AUGCCUAAGAAGGAUCUAUUUUCCUCAUCAUCCUCUGACGACAGCGAUGCUGACGACUUGGGCCAACAAAUGGCCGUUGCAGCAGCUGUUGAGAAGCGCCGUAAUCCGCAUGCAUAUGACCCAACAAGCGGGAAACGGAAGGGAAAGUCACUGGAGCACUCAACUACUUCAGUGGCCGCAGUCCAACCUUUGGAUAGUAGCGACGACGAUAAUGAAGCUGGACAUGAUAAGGUGGAGGCCGUAAACGAUGUUGGUCCCAUUGAUCCCGCCCUCAAGAGCAGCACCACUGAGUCGACGGGGAAGCCAAAGGGUAAAAAGAGUAAGAAAAAGAAAGGCGAUGUGGAUGGAGCCAACAUUAGCGGUGAUGAUGAUGAUGAUGAUGACGGUGGCAUUCGCAUUAACAAGCAGUAUGCUGCAAAGUAUGAAGAGGUGAAGCGGCGGAAGGAGCUACAGCAGUUGACUCAAAAGUAUAGCAACCGGCUUCGCGGUAAUAACGGCUUGGGUGACUUGGAGAGCGAUGAGGAGGAUGAGGAGGACGAUGGGGCCGUGUUGUUGACGGAGAGUAAGGAGCUUGCCUUCGCCAAGACAUUCCUUGCCAUUCGUCAGGCUGGCCUUGCAAAGAAACGAAGUGGGAAACAAGCAAAAGGUUCAGACAGGAAUGAGAACACAAAAACGGACUCCAGUGUGAGUGAUGCCGACGCUGAAAACAAAAUUCUGCUUAACACAGAGCAGCGCUUCUUUCCGCCUCCAGAGGAGCAGGUGCGGGAGAACACGGAGGUAUUUGCCAAGGCGGUGGCGACAAAACGCGAGAAGCGGAACAAGUUUACUUUGGCUGACGAAUACCGCCGCGGAGUUGUAAUGAGUGCCGAGAAGGGUGGUGCCAAUGAGAAGGAUGAUGGUGAGGAUGUUGGCAAGGAUGAAAGUACUUGGGGAAGUCGCCGCAUCCAACCACAAAGUGAAAAGGAAAGGAAGUUGCGCGAGUCGUUCCUGCAAAGUGUGGCGGAGAGCGGCGAGUCGUUCUCCGUGAAACCCGCCUUUACGCCACCAGCGGACCAACAGCAGAGCAAUGAGGAGAGCGAGGCUAAGCGGUUACUUGCAGGGGCCUUUUCGAUCCGUGCCCCCAACCGCGAUGGUGCGACAACCGACGGUGAUGACGCAUCCGCCAAUCACGAUGCCGAUGAGGAAUUCCUCCGUGAUUUCUUUGUGGAAGAGCUUUGGAAGCCUGAGAAUAACCGUAAGGUCGGAAAGAAUGGAAGUAAAGCUUCGCGCCGCAGCAGUGUGACGGCGGAGGACGGGCCUGAACCUGCAGAUGGCGGCGAAAGUGGUGGAAACAGCGCGAGCGAUUACGAGGAUUAUGAAGAAGGAAACAACUAUGCGGCUCUUGCGGAAUUAGCACAGGCUGAAGAGGACGAACGUUUUUUUGCGGAGGCAGAGGUGUGGGAACGCAAGUUUCAGGAGCGCGCAUAUCGCCAUCAGGAAGAGAACGCCGACCACGUUCAAUCUUUUCCUCGUGCCGUUGGCAGUAACGCCGAGGGCCUGCUGCGGAAGACAGCACAAUCUUCUAGGAAGGAGGCUCACCUAAGACGACUGACGCGGAUGCGGGAGUUGCGCGAGCAGCAGGUGGCAGAGUUGCGGCGGCUCAAAACGCUAAAGAGACAAGAGAUUGAGGAGCAGCGGGCGCUUAUCGCCUCCAUUGCUGGUAUUUCCAGAGAGAAGAGACAAAACCACAGGGACGUCAAAGUCUCAGGCGGUAAACCGUCCGAUGAUGAAGAUGCUGCGGUGAGACGCCUCAUGUCUCUGUGGAGUGAGAAGGACCUAGAUGAAGACUUUGACCCCAGUAAGUUCGAUUCCAAGAUGUCUAAGAUAUUCGAUGAUAAUUACUACGAUGAAAAAAAUGUGGAUGAGGAGGAGAUAGCCUUCUUCGAGGAUGAAGAAGACAUAAAUGGUGUGGGAGAGCCUGAAGGACAGGGGGAGGAGAACGAGGUGUACAAGCAGCAGCUCGAGGACGGAGAGUCUGUUGAGGAGUCAUUAUUAGGUGGUGGAGGUGUGGCAGGGAAGGGCGUUGAAUUGGCCGCAGACGAUGCGAUGGAGUUGCUGUACCCAACAGUGACAAUGCCGGAGCUGGAAGAAACCCCAGCAACAAACUCGCGCGAGCAAAUCGAGCGCCUGCUGCGACAGCAGAAAAAGCAACCAGGUGCCACUGAUCCCGAUGAGGUGCUUGAACAGUUGCAGACAACUCUUAAGCAAAAGGAGAAGGAGUAUUGGCAGCUGCAUCACGAGUCCACACUCGACGGGGGUUCCCUAAAGACCCGCUUCAAGUACCGUCGGGUGGUUCCCGAAAACUUCACCCUAUCCGUCGAAGAAAUUCUUGCGCAAGAUGAUCGGCAACUCAACAUGCUCGUCCCCAUGAAUUGCUAUGCCGCUUACCUUUCUGCAGAGGAGAAUAGGAGGGAUCGCAUUAGGGCUGACAAACGGCGGCGUCGGGGAUUCCGUGAAAUUGACUCCUCCCGCAGUUCCCGCCGCUAUGGGGAUGUAUCUAAGACAUCUCUUGUGGAUCCUAAUAUGAAGGAAGAGGAAGGAGAGAAGUGGGCGGAAAAUGUCCGCAAAUCUCUGCGCCGCUUACGGCAGGGGAUGGGCUUAGAUCACGAGGAUUCCCUUGAAGAUGAAAACAACCCCGGGGACAAUAUGACGAGGAGCGGGAAACGCGGUAAAUCGAAUAGGGGAGGUGAUAGCGACAAUCGGGGGCUGAAUGGAAGUACGCUUGGAUAUCAGCAAAAAGACCUCAGGCACCAGAAAGGUGAAGGACAACGAGGAAAUAUUGGGGUGCGUUCCGAUAGGGAAGGGGAAAUACGGGAAUUCCCACGGCAUCCUGGUGGCUCACGAAAGCGGCAACUUGAUGAUGCCGAUGAACGCGAUUUUGGGGGUAGCGGUGGAGCUGUUGAGGGGCGACGGCGUGGCGUGGCGUCUAAGCCUCGUCACGAGUAA